AUGCCCCGGAGGAAUUUGUGCCAGCAAUGCAAGUCGUACGACGAGGGUGCCGAGGAUCCCGGGGACAACAAGUGGUACUGCACGGCCUGCUGGUCGGCCUACAACGACGGCGACGGCAACGCCGCGAGUGGCGCGGCGAGGGGCCAUCGCCGUGGCGACAGGGAAAAUAAGCCCCAGAAGGAAGCGGCUCCGCGCCGGAAAAAGCCGACUAUCAUGAACAGUUGGGGCCACGACGCUCAGGCCGCCCUGCGUCGACUGGAGGGCAUGUACGCAAGCUGCUCUCAUCAACGACGUCCCAGCACCUACGCGACAAGCCUGCUGGAGGAUGUGUUGACGGUCAUGGCUGACACGGAGAAGCAGCGGCGCACAAGUUCCUUUGUUGGGCAGUUCAUGCAGCGGCAGCAGACCAUCACGGUGGUGUCGCAUUCUGGAGAACCCAUUUCACCACGUGGCGAUCGCGUGGGAAGUGUGGGACGCUCCGCAUACCAGGAGAGCCGCAAGGUUCCGCUGGAUAUGCUGCUCUCGAGCGUGGACGAUAUAGUGUCGCAAAUAUACGUCUGCUUUGAUGAGAGCAUGACGCAAAUUAUUCUGAAUGCCCUUGACAAGGUCACGGCGUGUGACACAGAGAAGCAACGAGAUGCGGCGCGGGUGCGUGCCAUUGACGAACUGCUGCAGACCCUUGGCGACGAGCACUACGACCUCCUCCAGUGCGUCAUGCACCGACCGCGUGACAUCUUUCUGCGUCUCCUGGAGGAGUUCUGCACUCUGGAGGACGACGAUGACGGGCCGGACGCCCGAAACAGUUCCUCCACCUCUCCACAACACGCACUAGCACUUCGUUUUGUGAAGACAGCGAAGCAGCGCUCAGCGAUGCGGGAGGUGGAGUUUGCGCGCAAUGGGGAAACGGUGGAUCAGCGUUGGCUGGCGCACAUGACACAGCGGUAUCGACAGCUCAUGCGGGAGUCGGAGUUGGAUCAGAUCUUUAAGCGUGAUCUUAGCGUCACUGGCUCUUCCAUGGCCAGCGGGUUCACUGUGACGCAGAAGAAGGACCACCUCCGCAUUCAUGUCCCUCCACCUGCCCAGAAGGUGAUGCCUGUGACUGAGCGCGUGUGCGUUGCCACAUCCCUGCCGGCGUGGACACACGCGGCCUUUCUCAGCGUCACGCACCUCAACACCAUUCAGACCACGCUCUUUCGAACAGCCUUUUACACGUCGCAGAACAUGCUUGUGUGUGCCCCGACGGGCGCGGGCAAGACGAUUUGUGCCCUGCUGGUGAUGCUGCGCUGCAUUCAGGAACACUUUGAGGAAGGGACGUUGAAUCGUGACUUCAAAAUAAUAUUUAUUGCCCCCAUGAAGGCACUUGCACAAGAGAUGGUAGAGAAUUUCUCACGCCGUUUGGCACCAUUUGCCAUGGUGGUGCGGGAGCUCACGGGCGACAUGCAGCUGACCAAGCGAGAGAUCGCCCAGACGCAGGUGAUUGUAACCACACCAGAGAAGUGGGAUGUCAUCACGCGCAAGCAAAGCAACGAAGACUUUGUUCAACAGGUCCGACUGAUUAUUAUUGACGAGAUUCAUUUGCUAAAUGAAGACCGCGGUCCUGUGUUGGAGGCCAUUGUUGCUAGGACCCUGCGUCAGGAUGAACUGCAUGCAGACCAACGGCAGCCGACGCGCCUUGUUGGCCUCUCUGCGACGCUGCCAAACUACAAGGAUGUAGCCAACUUUUUGCAGGUCGAUCUCGAGGAAGGACUCAAGGUGUUUGGGCCUGAAUACCGCCCAGUACCACUUGAGCAGACGUUUCUUGGCCUGCACACCGGCGCAAAAGACAAGGAGCAGCAGCUAGAUUGGCUUGCGUACACGGAGGUGGUAAGAAAUGUGCGUGAGGGACACCAAGUGAUGGUGUUUGUACACUCGCGGAAGCAAACCGUUGGGCUUGCCAAGUACUUUGUCGGGGAGGCGACGAAACACGCCCAGGACAGUUUGUUUAAACCGAGCGGCACCUUGCCGAGUGAGGCGGUGAAGCGGGGCUGCAGCCUGCAAGGCCGCGACCUCACAAGUCUCUUCUCGGCCGGCUUUGGCGUUCACCACGCCGGUCUGAUUAGACACGACCGCACCACGACGGAGGGCUUGUUCCGCGACAGGUUCAUAAAGGUGCUUGUCUGCACCAGCACCCUUGCAUGGGGCGUGAAUCUGCCAGCACACACCGUUAUCAUUCGCGGGACCCGUUUGUAUGACCCAAGUCGUGGGGGUCUUGUUCCCAUCUCCGUCCUUGACGUGAUGCAGAUCUUUGGCCGCGCAGGUCGACCGCAGUACGACACAAGCGGCCACGGCAUUAUUGUGUCGGACGAGAAGGACGUGGGGCACUACCUUCGCCUGCUGGCCAACGCGCUUCCCAUUGAAAGCCAACUGCAGAAAAAUCUUGCCGACCACCUCAAUGCGGAAAUCCACGCCGGAACCAUCUCCUCCAUUGUGGAGGGCUCCAGGUGGUUGGAGUACACGUACAUGUGGCAGCGGCUGCGGGUGAAUCCGCUCAUGUACGGCUUGAAAAUCGCAGCCGUGCGCCGCGAUCCGAAGCUCAAAACCGUGCGCUACGAACUCGUAAGUAAGGUUGCGGAGGAGCUGGCGAAUACUGGUAUGAUUCGCUACAACCAACAGACAGGUGCGGUUGAUACGACAGAACUAGGACGCAUCGCAAGCCAUUAUUACAUUUCACAUGAGACUAUUGCGACAUUUAACCAAAAGCUGCGGCGACCAGAUGAGACAUGGAUCGAUAGCCUGGAUAUGGGUGCGGCCAUGGAUGUCAUCGCUUCCGCAAGUGAGUUUUCGCAGUUGCGUGUACGACAGGAGGAGCUUGACGAGUUGCAAAAGAUACACUCCAUGCUGCCCAAGCAGGUGCAGCGCUACGCGAUUGUCGGCGAAAGCACUGAUGAGACAAGCGUCGAGUGGAAGGUAACAACCCUCAUGAAGGCCUACAUUAGUCGGAUUCACGUUGAUAUGCAUUCCUUGGCCUCGGACGUCAACUAUGUGGUGCAAAAUGUGCCUCGUAUUUCGAGGGCACUGUUUGAGAUUGAGACGCAGCGCGGACAUCCCUUGACCACGGCCGUGUUUCUGACCCUUUGCAAGUGCAUGGAGCGGCGUUGCUGGGAGUUUGAGCACCCCCUGAGACAGUUCAACGUGGACUUCACAGAUGCCGUCCAGAGGCACCUUGAGCAGAAGCGACCGAGCAUGAUGCUGCUGGAGGAGCUGACAGCGCGUGAGAUUGGGUCGUUGGUGCACAACCAACGCAUGGGUAGCGUGAUCGCCGGGUUGGUGGCGUCGUUUCCCGCCGUGAACCUCAGCGUUGAUGUUCAGCCCAUCACACGCACAAUUCUUCGUGUGAAGAUAACCAUCACCCCGACCUUCACCUGGAACAGCCGUCAUCACGGCUCCGUGGAGCAGUUCUGGCUCUUCGUUGAGGACCAGGACAACAAUUUCAUCUUCCACCAUGAGAUGGUCUUGCUGAAGCGGAAAGAGGUGGAGAUGGGCUUGCCGGUCAUCGUCGACCUCUCGGUUCCAAUUGUUCCCGAGUACGAGAUGUACUCGGUACGCUUUUACAGUGACCGUUGGCUCGGCAGCCAGGAGGAUUUCACGUUUUCUAUCGGGCACCUGCACCUGCCGGAGGAUACGCAAGUGACGACGCGGCUGCUGCCUCUCGCGCCUCUCCGUCGUGAAGUGAUUCCAGAAGCCUACCAAGCCAUUUACGAAAAAUUCCCACAGUUUAAUGCGGUGCAAACGCAAGUGUUUCACGCCUUCUUUCACACGGACAGCAGUAUUUUCCUUGGAGCUCCGACGGGUAGUGGCAAGACUGUGGCGGCGGAGAUGGCGAUGCUGCGCGUCUUUGAGAAGUGUCCCCCCGGGUCGAAGAUUGUGUAUAUUGCCCCGCUGAAGGCGCUUGUGAAGGAGCGGGUGCGAGACUGGACCGCACGAUUUGAUCGGCGUCUCGGUCGACGUGUGUUGGAGCUCUCCGGUGACGUCAACCCCGACAUCGCCGCCUUGGUGCGGGCGGACAUUUUAUGCACAACGCCCGAGAAGUGGGACGGUCUCUCGCGCAAUUGGCAGGUGCGCCGCUACGUGACGGCGGUUCGUCUGGUGGUCUUUGACGAGAUUCACAUGCUUGGCUCUGACCGUGGCCCAAUUCUUGAGGUGAUCGUCAGCCGCAUGCGAUACAUUGGCUGGCAUCGUAAGGCACCCAUCCGUCUCGUUGGUCUCUCCACCGCCGUGGCGAACCCGGCCGAUCUCAGUUCUUGGCUUGGCAUCCAAGAGAGAUGGGCGGUGUUUAACUUUGACCCUUCUGUGCGGCCGGUGCCAAUGCGUGUGUACAUAUCUGGUCACCACGGCAGCCAAUACUGUCCUCGCAUGGCGGCGAUGAACAAGCCAGUGUAUAAUGCGAUAUGUGAGAAGAGCCCCAACAAGCCUGUUAUUGUGUUUGUCUCCUCGCGGCGGCAGACGCGACUGACGGCAAUGGCUCUCAUUGGAUUUCUGUUGAUGGAGCAAAACACGGCCAAGUUUGUGCGCAUGGACGUGGAGGAGGUUACCGCACUCACCGAGAAGAUCAGCGACGUCAACGUGAAGCACUGCAUGCAGUUUGGUAUUGGCAUUCAUCACGCCGGCCUCCUGGAGGGAGACCGCACGGAGGUGGAAAACGCCUUUCUUCUUGGGAAGUUGCAGAUUCUAGUGGCGACGUCGACGCUUGCGUGGGGCGUCAACUUCCCCGCACACAUGGUCGUGGUGAAGGGCACAGAGUACUACGACGGGAAGGACAAGAGCUACGUGGACUACCCUAUCACAGACGUGCUGCAAAUGAUUGGUCGAGCGGGCCGUCCACAGUACGAUGAUGAGGGAAUCGCACAGGUGUUGUGCCACGAGCCCAAAAAAGGUUUCUACCGCAAGUUUCUCUACGAUCCCUUUCCGGUGGAGAGUGCGCUGCAUCAACAGUUGCAUGUACACAUCAACGCCGAGGUUGUGGCUGGAACAAUCGCGUCUCGACAGGACGCCGUGGACUACUUGACGUGGACGUACCUCUUCCGUCGACUCGUGAAGAACCCGUCGUACUACGGCGUGGAGGAUCGCUCGCCGAAGGCGGUCACAAUUUUUAUCUCCAACCUUAUCGCCAACGUUUUGGACGAGCUUGAGGACUGUGGCUGCAUCGCCUCGCCUGAGGAGGAGGCGGAGGAGGAGGAGGAUCGUAAGGGGGCAAAUGCCGCUGACAGUGACGGUGAAAAAGACCCGGACGCGUUGACCUGCACUGUCCUCGGCAGGCUAUGCUCUUACUAUUACCUCUCACACAAGACAGUCCGUUACUUUGACCACCACAUUCAUGCUGACAGCUCGCACUUUGAUGUGCUGAAGGCGCUGUGUGAGGCGGAGGAGUUUAAUGAGAUGCCUGUGCGGCACAAUGAGGACAAACUCAACCUGAUGCUCAGUGAAUCCUUGCCACUGCCAAUCAAUCCAAACAACGCGGAGUCACCCCAUGUGAAGACGUUUCUGCUUUUCCAGGCGCAUUUCGAGCGGGCCACUUUGCCCGUCUCGGAUUACUACACGGACCUGAAGUCGGCUCUUGACAACGCCGUGCGUGUAGUGCAGGCGAUGGUUGACAUUACCUCAAACAACGGGCACCUGUACGCCGCGCUACGCUGCAUGUCGUUGCUGCAGUGCAUCGUGCAGGGCCUGUGGUGGCACUCCAGCACUCUGCUUCAGAUACCGCAUGUCACGGCGGCGAUGCUUCCCACGAUUGCCGCACGUUGCGGCAACCUUGAACACGCGGCUCAAGUUGCGAAUAGUUCAUUUGCCGCAGUGCAAACACUACAAGCGGUGCUGCGCGACGACUGUGGUUUGAGUGCAACGCAGCUCCGUGAGGCGAUGGCGGCUGUACGCGGGUUCCCUCUCAUUGAGGUGCGACUGCGUCUCUCGCGAAUGCUCGCGUCGAGUUCGAAGAACGGUGCUGAGGAACACUUGGGAGCUGGGGCAGGAGUGGCUGCCGCUGCGGAAUACGCGUUGACGGUGCACCUCACACGUCUUUCCCUGCAAACCAAACAUGUCGUUGCCCCACACUUUACGAAGCCGAAGGACGAGCAGUACUGGCUCGUGGUGGGUUAUGAGAAGACAGGGGAGUUAAUCGCCUUGAAGCGCGUCAACCGACUGGCGAAUCGCGUGGAGGCGACUUUGCAUUUCGACUGGGACGACGACUGGGCCGAGUUUGCAGAGGGCGGUGCGGUGGCUCUCAGCCUGUACCUCGUGUGCGACUCGUACGUGGGACUUGACCAGCAGUACACCUUCAGCGUGCCGCUGCCCACCGACGCGCGACCCGACGGGGGCGGGUAG